AUGAACGAUACGACAGCAGAGCGACCGGAAAGACACACGAGCAAUGGGAGCAAUACUUCCUGUCGUUUCGACAAUUCUCUCACGAAAUUAACCAAGGAUUUCUGGAAUCUCCUCGAACAGUCCGAGGACGGCGAUUUAGACUUAAACAUCGCGGCCAAUAAGUUAAACGUUCAAAAACGUCGUAUUUACGACAUCACUAAUGUUUUGGAAGGAAUAGGUAUUCAUAAAUUGACGCAUUUCCAAGCUAAUAACCAUGAGGCGAACAACGCACGAAGAAUCGCCCAGCUAAAGGUGCGAUUAGCACACAUAAAUUCCGAAACCGAGAAUCUUCAUAAUCAAAACGUUGAAUUGGACUCUACCAUUGAAAAUUUUUACGAGUCUGAUGAUGCAAACUUUGCAUAUCUGGAUCAAAACGAAAUUAAGGAAGUAAUUAGUUCGGUGGAUUCAUUAUUCGCAGUGAGAACUUUUCAUUAUGCAACAUCACCAGCAUUCAUAAAAAACUUCCGGAGUUAUCAAAUUUCGAUCAGAUCACCGGAAGUUAUCAAAUUUGAUUCCAAUCAUUCGAUAAACGAUACUUAUACGAAUCAUUCAAGUCCUCCGCUCAAUACUCAUGAUAGAGGAACUUUAUCCAAUCGUCAAGGUAGCUGCCAACAGCUAUAUUCUUCCCAUCAUCAAAAUACUUAUCUACGUAACUAUGACGAAUGCGUCAAUCAGCGUCAAUAA